AUGACUAAUGCUGAGGAAACAAUACUACCGAGAAUCGUCAUGAGUCAUGGGCUUCAGAUCCAGAAUACAGCGCACGAAAUUAUGUAUUUGUAUAUUGACGUAUCUCAGUGUAUCCCUGACAUCAAAAUUGACUUCAGACUGAUCUCGCGCUCACAGACAGCGCCGUGUCCCAUCGUCCACGAGCGUCGGACAGCUUAUAACACAAAAAGUCAGGAUGGGAUUUGCUUGUCAACUUUUUUAUAUUUACAGGAACAGUUUUCCGAACUUGUUAGCUCAAAGAAGAGCUCGGUGCAGGUCAUCUUCGCUCUGCUGACCCUCGCCCACGGGGAGUCUGAUCCGCCGACUACCUCGUGGCUCCGUCACUGCGAGAAGGACACGCCCACUCCCGUCCAGGGCGUGACAGAGGGCGUGGUUCCUGCGUGGUUGGAGGGACGCCUUACGAGAGUGGGUCCCGGGAUGCGACAUGUCGGGAACACGUCCUACAGGCAUUUGUUUGAUCCUUUGGCCCUUCUCCAUCUGGUCACCGUCCAGGGGGGAGAGGUCACCUACACGUCCAAGUAUCUGGACAGCGACGCUUACCAAGCAAACAUGGAGGCAAAACGCAUAGUCGUGAGAGGAUUUGGCACUGCGCCCUUCCCUGAUCCAUGCCGUACCUUAUUUGACAGCGUAGCGUCUUGGUUCUCACGACCGCCCAAGAUAGUGGAUAACUGUCUUGUGAAUGUUCUCCAAGUGAAGGACCAGAUGAUUGCCAUGACGGAGACAGAUGAAGUGAGGGUUGUGGACCCGGAGACUUUGAACACUUUCGGAAAUAAGCUAACAAUAUCAGAUUACGUUGCAAUCCGACAAGCCACCGCCCACCCUCAUGUCAGUCCAGACGGCACUGUUUACAACCUAGCUUCAUCUGGGAACAGAGACGGCCCAACCUAUAACAUCAUCUCUCUUCCCAACGGUGAAAUUGAAAAGGCUAAAAUGGAGGCAUCAAUUCUUGCCAGGUGGAAGUUCCAUCCAGGAUACAUGCACAGUUAUGCCAUCACUGAAAAUUACUUCAUCCUCCUUGAAACACCUUUCACGUUUAGCAUCGGUGCCCUUCUGACCAAUUACUACUUCGGCAAAAGCAUCGAAGAGGCUCUGGUGUGGUUCCCCAACGAGAGGUCCAUUUCAGGGUGAUGAA